AUGGGCAAGCAAGCCAACUUGUUCGCCUUCCCGGCCAUCGACGCCCUCGCCUCGGCCCUGCGCGCCUAUAUCGUCCAGGCCCAGAACGCCGGCUUCACACGCCACGGCGUCUUCAAGGUCGGCGUGUCGGGCGGCUCGCUCCCCAAGACACUGGCCAAGGCCCUGCUCACCCCCGCCAGCUCGGCCGAGGACAAGAUUGACUUCUCCAAGUGGGAGAUCUUCUUUGCCGACGAGCGCGCCGUGCCCCUCGACCACGAGGACAGCAACUACUUCCUGCUCAAGCAGGAGCUCCUCGACAAGAUCCCCGCCGAGCUCGGCCAGCCGACCAUCCACCCCAUCGACCCGACUCACCUCGGCGACACCCAGGAGCUCGCCGACCAGUACGAGCAGCUGCUGGUCCGGUCGUUUGCCAGCCGCGACUCGGUCAAGCUGCCCAUCUUUGACCUCUUGCUGCUCGGCACCGGCCCCGACGGCCACACCUGCAGCCUGUUCCCCGGCCACCCGCUGCUGCGCGAGACCAGCGCCUGGGUUGCCCCCAUUGAGGACUCGCCCAAGCCCCCGCCCAAGCGCGUCACCCUCACCCUCCCCGUCGUCACCCACUCGGUCAAGAUUGCCUUCGUGGCCACCGGCGGCGGCAAGAAGGAUAUCAUGAAGGAGAUCUUUGAGCAGGGCAACGGCCUCCCCGCCGCCUUGGUCAAUGAGGCUGCCGGUGAGCGCUGCAGCUGGUUCGUGGACGAGCCUGCCGUCGAGGGAGUCGCCUUCCCUCGCCGAGGCUUCCUGUGA